AUGCGAGACCAAUCCUCGCUCGGGUCCAUCGCGCGCGCGUCGUCGUCGGCGGCGUCGUCGGCGUCGUCGUCGUCUCUCCCGUCGUCGGCGUCGCGAUGCGCGAGACGUCGUCGACGGACGCGAUGCCCACGGACGCGGCGGCGAGGACGACGAGCGAGACGCGCGCGCUGUUCGGGGCGGCGCGCGCUGUUCGGCGGCGCCGUCGCGCUCGCGCUCGCGCGUCGAUUUCGCGACGCGAGCGCGCGCGCGCCGGUGCCGAAUCAUCAAGAGGUUUUCGUCGACGACGCGUCCGAGGAGAGCGUGCACGUGGAGCUGGUCGAGCGCGAGCGCGAGCGAGGGGUUGGGUUUUAUCUGGACGAUUGGAUCGAGGCGUGCGAGGGGGAGAAGAUCGGGCGAGGGCGAACGGAGGGAGGGACGUGUCGAGGCGCGAUGCGCGCGAGGCGAGACGGCGUCGCGCGCGUCGUGGACGUCUUUGGGUGCGUGAUCGAUUUGGAGCGCGUGAGCGCGAGAGCGUUGAUCUGGCAUUGUCGACCGCGUUUGAGGGAGGAGUCGGACGACGCGACGAUGACCGGGACGGCGGACGACGCGGACGACGCGGACGCGCGCGCGGCGAGCGACGUCAUCGAAUCGUGCGCGUCCUCGUUCAAGGUUUUAGAUUGGGGAUUGUUCGAUGCGUGA